AUGAGCGGUUCCGGCUCUGUCCCGGCCACGCCGGACAGCGUGUCUGAUGGUACUCGUGAGCUCUCGCUACAAGCAUCUCCAUACUCAGAAGACUCAUCGGUGGCUGGCACGCCCAACGGUGAUGAGCUUGGCGACUCUCCUAAGCGGCUUCCAUCCUUGAACACCUUUUCCGACCCUCGAAAUAUGAACCCCAACUCGACCACAUUGGGAAUCCUAGGCAAGGCGAGGCAUCCUCCCCAAGCAACCUCGUCUUUUAUAGGGGGCGCCGGAGCCAUGGAAAACAGCGUCAUGGCCAAGGCGCGAGCCCUUCACCAGCAGCGACUGCAAAAGGGCAUGGCAGCGGCGGGCAGCUCGCCUGUCUCACCGAUGUCCUCGUCCGGAGGCCCCGUGGCGCCCGGCUUCCCUAACCUCCGCAUGCCCCCGACCAUGCAGCGUCCCGGUGCCGUGCCGCACCCCAGAUCGGCACCUGUCCUACCAAAGCCCUCCCUUAGCGAGAGGAGAGCUAAUAUGGGUAUGGGAAUGAAGCUCUCUGAUAUGGGCGGCAGUGGCAGUCCCAUGCCUACGGGUGGGCUGCGCCGGGCCGGUGCUCCCUCUUUCUCGGCAGGAAUCCCUGGAAACGGCCCGGCUAGCGUUCCCAACGGCAAACCCUCGCUGGGAUCCAAACUAGACGACUUCAAGAAGUACAUUGAUACGGAGAAGGGCUGGAUCACUUUUGACGGUGCCGCUACGAUUACUCGGACCGGAGUCAACUUCUCUAAUGGCCAGACCUUCAGCAUAUCCCUUGACGAGGUGGAAAUAAUAGACGAGCUCGGAAAGGGCAACUAUGGAACGGUAUACAAGGUCAGACAUGCGAAGCCGAGUGCGCCGCGAUUCGGGCACGGUCUGUCGGGAGCCAAGCUGGCACCGCAUCCGCACCGCAGCCAGUCGGACUCGGCGGUCACAGACGCUGCAAGCGUAUUGGACGGUCGGACCGGUAAAGUGAUGGCGAUGAAGGAAAUUCGACUCGAGCUCGAUGAUGCCAAGUUCACCACUAUUCUGAAAGAGUUGGUCAUAUUGCACGAGUGUGUGUCUCCAUUCAUCAUUGACUUUUACGGAGCCUUUUUUCAAGAGGGCGCAGUUUACAUGUGCAUCGAGUACAUGGAUGGCGGUUCCAUUGACAAGAUCUACGCCGGAGGCAUACCUGAAAACGUCCUGCGCAAGAUCACCUACUCAGCCAUCAUGGGCCUCAAGUCACUAAAAGACGAGCAUAACAUUAUCCAUCGUGACGUAAAGCCAACGAACAUCUUGGCCAACACACGAGGCCAGAUCAAGAUUUGCGAUUUCGGUGUCAGCGGCAACCUCGUGGCCAGUAUAGCCAAAACAAACAUUGGAUGCCAGAGUUACAUGGCCCCUGAGCGGAUAUCCGGAGGUGCCAUGGCACAACCAGGCGGUACCGACGGUACCUACAGCGUCCAGAGCGAUGUUUGGAGCUUGGGCCUGACAAUCAUCGAAUGCGCCAUGGGCCAGUACCCAUACCCACCCGAAGCCUCGUCCACCAUUUUCAGCCAACUGAAUGCAAUCGUCGAAGGCGAACCCCCAGCCAUGCCAGAGGAGGGCUACACGGAUAUGGCAAAGGACUUUGUCAAGAGCUGUCUACACAAGGUCCCCAAGAUGCGACCGACGUACGCUCUGCUGCUCAAGCAUCCUUGGAUCCAGUCUUUGACUAAGCCGGAAACGAUUACUGAAGUCGCCGAAGAUGGUGAGGCCGCAGAUAAGGUAGCAGAGGCAGUGGGACACAUCGAUCUAAGCUCGGGCACCGAAGAUGCCGAGGUUGCCGAAUGGGUCAAGUCUGUGCUGAAGAAGAACGCGGAAGGGCACAACGGCGACGGUCCUAGCAAGCCAGCGCUUCAUGCCGCACCCCUGGACAGUAUCAGCCCGUUGGGAAGCCCUGUUCUCAACCAAGGCCUAUGA